UCUACAUCCACGUGCACGGUGCGCGGCGCGAGGCGCGGCGUGCGCGACGCCAUCCACACACGCAUACACGCAGCGCCACCGCGACGCGCUGAGCGGCUCGCUGUCCGGGCCCGGGCGUCGGGGGCAGGGUGCGGCCCGCGGACUACUCGCCCUGGAAUGCACCCGCUCGUGUUCUUCGCUGUGUCCGGCCUACUCGUCAGCGUGGCCAGCUCUGGGGGCGGCCUCGCGGACAGCCUCGCGGACAGCGUGCCGGCCGUGGUGCGCGAGGCAGCCCCGGACCUGGGCCUGCACUCGCCGUCCGCGCAGGCGGCCGUGCGCGCCUGUGCCCGGGCCGCGGUGCGUGGCGCGUGCUCCGAGCGCCCGGCCGCCAGCCACGAGGACGCCGUGUACGACCUGGCGCUGAGCCUCACGGCGUGCACCCUGCGCGGGUCCCCGGCGCGGCGAGCGGGGGUGUCGUCGCCGAGCCGCCGCCUGUCGCGCUGCGCGUCGCGCCGCCGCCGGCGCGAGGAGGGCAUCGUCGCCGACGGCCACCCCCGGGCGCCGCGUCCUUCCCGCGGCCACGGCCGCCUCUGCCUCGGCGACGUGCUGCGCCGCCUGUCGCGCCCGCACUUCGCGCUCUUUACGCGCGUCUUCGCCGAGCUGUUCAGCCGCUGGCCGCUGCAGCUGUGCCCCCGCCACAGGUGCCCCAGCUGCGCGGACAGCGCGGGCAGCGCGGGCCCUCCACGCACCCACGACAACAGCACCUGUCGCAGCCCAGCACCUGUGGAUCGGGCCCCGGGGCCGCGGCCGACGGCGACCUGCACUGCCGGAUGACCCACAGGUGCGAUGGAGAGCCCCGGCGCGUCUGCCCGCCCCGGCGGCUCCGGCAGCGGCUCCGGCCACGGCUCCGGCGGCUCCGGCAGCGGCUCCCCGGGCUCCAGGACGCCGUCCACCCCGACGGCCGUGGCCCUGGAGCAGUUCCAGGAAGGCGCGGUCGGCUCCAUGACGCUCGCCUGGAACGACCUGUCGGUGUGGGUGCGCAAGCCCAAGGAGGGCGCCGGCUUCUUCAGCCGCGAGAAGCACGAGCACAAGCAAAUCCUGAAUAGCGUAUGCGGCGUUGCAAAGUCCGGAUCACUGAUGGCGAUCAUGGGUGCCAGCGGCGCCGGGAAGACCACGAUGCUGGCCACGGUGAGCCAGCGCGUCAAGGGCAUCACCCGGGGCGAGAUCCUCGUCAACGGCCACGUCGUCGACCAGCACUUCAUGUGCCAGGUGUCGGGCUUCGUGCCGCAGCAGGACCUGGCCGUGGAGUGCCUCACCGUACGCGAGCACCUCGAGUUCAUGGCGCGCCUCAAGAUGGACCGGCGGGUGCGCAGCAGCCAGCGCCACCGCCGCAUCCUGUCGCUGCUCAUGGACCUGGGGCUGUCCAAGUGCUGCCACACGCAGCUGCGGCGCCUCUCGGGCGGCGAGCGCCGGCGCGUGUCGCUGGCCGUGCAGCUGCUAACCGACCCCCCCAUCCUGUUCUGCGACGAGCCCACCACGGGGCUGGACAGCUACAGCGCCGGCGCGGUCGUCGAGCACCUGCGCCUGUUCGCGCAGCGCGGCAAGGCCGUCAUCUGCACCAUCCACCAGCCAGCCUCCGGCAUCUUCGACCUGUUCCACCAGGUCCUGCUGCUGGCCGGCGGCCGCGUCGCCUUCUUCGGCGAGGUCCAGGACGCGUCCCGGCACUUCGACAACCUCGGGCUCGUGUGCCCGAGCACCUUCAACCAGGCCGAGUUUCUCGUGUCGCAGCUGGCUGUGGUGCCGGGCCAAGAGGGCCAGUGCCUCAAGAAGAUCCAGUGGCUAUGCGACGAGUUCGACAACUCCAAGUACGGCCAGGCGCUGUCGGACGAGCUCGCCGCGCACACGGGCCGCUUCCUCCAGGCCUGCGAGACGAGCAGCGCCUCCUCCAGCAGCAGCGCCCUGGGCCUGGGCAAGGUGGGCCGCCGGACCUGGUCCGUGGCCAGCCACGACAGCUGGCAGAGCAGCGAGGAGUUCCAAAAGUACCUCAACAUUAAGAAGCCCACGAAGUUCACUCAGUUUUACUGGCUAGUCUGGCGGUCCCUCAUCGAAAUACGAAGACAGCCAACAGAUGUCCUGAUCCGGUUGGGAAUGCUUAUGUUCAUCGCCGUACUCAUCUCCACGCCGUACGUCAGUAUCACAAUGGACCAGAAGGGUAUCCAGAACAUGCAAGGCUUUCUCUACCUGAUCGUCACCGAGAUCAUCUUCGCCUACUCGUACAGCGUGUUCCACACGUUCCCCCACGAGAUGCCAGUCCUGCUCCGGGAGAUUGGCAACGGCCUUUACUCCGCGGGGCCCUAUUACGCCUCCAAGAUGCUUAUCCUGCUGCCGCGAGCGGUCGUGGAGCCGUUCCUCUACACCCUUGUGGUGUUCCUCGUGGGUGGACUGACGGGCGGAAUCGCUGAUUUCUGCCUUCUGCUUGUGCCAGUUUGGGCAUGCGCCAUAGCGGCCACAGCCUAUGGUUGCCUGAUGUCAGCGUCCUUCGAGUCGAUAGAGACGGCCGCCAUGGUCUCCGUGCCGUACGAGUUCAUCUCUGUCACCUUCAGUGGGCUGUACCUCCAGCUUGGGAACUUGCCCGCUCAUCUCAAGUGGAUUCCGUUCAUAUCUGUAUUCUAUUACGGUAACGAGGCAGUGUCUAUCCUCCAGUGGGAGAAAAUAGAUUCGAUAGCUUGUGACGAGGACCCCGGCAUCCCCUGCAUUUCAACGGGACAGGGUGUCCUGGAGAAGUACGGCUACAAGCCCAACGACCUGGGGCUGGAUCUAGCGGGGCUGGCGGGUAUCUACGUCUUCUGUCAUCUGUUGGGCUUCGCAGCACUGUGGCGUCGGAGCAAGCGACAAGCUGUCUACUAAGGAAACGCACCCCAAUGCUCAAGACUUUUUUGAAAAAUAAAAUAAAAUAAUGCAAUUCUUCUGUCAGAAUGCUGACAAAGUUCAGAUCGAAAUCUAACCGGAAUAGUUAAUUUUUCGUGAUAUGGAUGUGUUGUUGCAAGGAGAUCUAGUCGUAUCCAAUCAACGGCAGUAAGUAAUUAAGCUAGUUACAGGAUGAACUGUACGUAGCGAACCUACGGCACAAAUUUCGUUGCGUGUCAGUGUACAUUUCUGGAUAUACUUAAAUACAUUUUUAAGCUGUACAGUUCCGCUUAAGCUAGAAGG